UGUAUUUCUUUUUGCAAGUGAUUUUUAAAAUAAAUCAUGGAAUAGAGAUACAAAAUGGUAUAGAUAAUAAAUAAGCAUUAUGCUAACAAGGCAGUAACAUUUACUUCCUCUCUACAAAGCAGAAAUAACAAAAGUAGCAAUUGAUUAUAUAAAGCUAUUAUCCAAAAAUAUUAGCAGUACAAAGAAAUAUUCUGUCCUUUAGAAUACUGCUUACUAUAGUUGAACAUUUAACUAAUUGUUAAUAAAAAAAAAAAAUUAGAAGGAAGUGUUGUUAUAGCUAUAUGACUUGGUUAGAACUGACCUUGGAGUCAGAAUGACCUGGUUUUAAGUCCUGGCUUUGGCACAUACUGGUUAUUUGACCAUGGGCAAAAAAUCACUUUUAACCUCUCAUUGUUCUAGCAACUCUCUUAGAUGUCACUCCUCAAACUUCUUGUUCUCUAUAUUUUUAAAAGUUAUUGUAGCUUAUAUCUAUUGAUAGUUAGCAUAAGAAAUCAAAAUGUCUUUGUAUCUUAAGGAAAAUAUUUUUGAUCUUACAAAUAUUCUGAAAGAUUCUUUAAGAAUACCAGGUCCCCUGACCACACUUUGAGCACCAUUAUGUCUCCAAGACUUUUCAGUUACAGAUAUGCUGUAGCUCUACAUUGGUAGAGGUCAUUUCUACACUGGUUUCUUUCCAAUGAGGAAGUCUCAAGUUAAGAUUCAAGAAACUAUAGCGAUCCUGAAACUGAAGGGCAGAUUUUGAAUUCCUUAGUACAAUAUUUUGGUGACAGUUUCAGCAGAAAAGUUAAAGCGAUGCCAUUAGUUGAAGAAAUUUCUUUACCUGAAGACUCAUCACUGACUUUGCCUGUGGUGAUAGUAGGAAAUGGACCCUCAGGCAUUUGCCUUUCUUACAUGUUGUCAGGAUACAGACCAUAUUUAUCUUCAGAAGCUGUACAUCCAAAUCCAAUUUUGCAUAGUAAAUUAGAAGAAGCAAGGCAUCUUUCCAUUAUUGAUCAGGAUUUAGAGUACUUGUCUGAAGGUCUUGAAGGCCGAUCCUCCAAUCCAGUUGCAAUACUACUUGACACACUUCUUCAUCCAGAUGCUGACUUUGGUUAUGAUUAUCCAUCAGUUUUGCAUUGGAAAUUAGAACAGCAUCAUUAUAUUCCUCACUUGGUUUUUGGUAAAGGACCACCUGGUGGGGCUUGGCAUCAUAUGGAAGGUUCCAUGUUGACAAUCAGCUUUGGAAACUGGAUGGAGUUGCCUGGACUGAAGUUUAAGGAUUGGGUGGCUACCAAGCGAAGGAACAUAAAGAGUGAUCGAGUUACACCAGAGGAGAUAGCUUGCUACUACAAGCACUAUGUGAAAGUUAUGGGUCUUCAGAAGAAUUUCCGAGAAAAUACCUAUAUAACCUCUAUAUCAAGACUUUACAGAGGUCAGGAUGAUGAUCAGGACAGUGAUGAUAUUUCAACACAACAAUUACAAAUGGAGAAGUCAACAUUUAUCAAGAGAAACUGGGAGAUAAGAGGCUAUCAAAGAAUAGGUGAUGGCUCACAUGUUCCUUUUUGUCUCUUUGCUGAGAAUGUAGCUUUAGCAACUGGAACUUUGGAUUCUCCUACUUAUUUGCAAGUUGAAGGGGAAGAUUUUCCCUUUGUAUUCCAUUCAAUGCCAGAAUUUGGAGCUGCCAUUAGCAAAGGAAAGUUACAUGGCAAAGUGGACCCAGUUUUAAUUGUAGGUUCUGGACUUACUGCAGCUGAUGCUGUGCUAUGUGCUUACAACAAUAAUAUUCCUGUAAUCCAUGUGUUUCGGAAACGGGUUACUGAUCCAAGUUUAAUUUUCAAACAACUUCCCAAAAAGCUUUAUCCUGAAUACCAUAAAGUCUACCAUAUGAUGUGUACUCAGUCAUAUUCUAUUGACUCUAAUCUUUUAUCAGCUUAUACCAGUUUUCCUGAGCACCAUGUGCUUUCAUUUAAGACGGACAUGAAAUGUGUUCUUCAGAGUGUCUCUGGAUUGAAGAAAAUCUUCAAAUUAUCUGCAGCAGUGGUAUUAAUAGGUUCCCAUCCUAAUCUAUCCUUUUUGAAGGAACAAGGGUAUGACUUGGGCCAUAAUUCAAACCAGCCAAUUACAUGUAAAGGUAAUCCUGUGGAAAUUGAUCCAUACACAUAUGAGUGUACUAAAGAAACUAACCUUUUUGCUUUGGGGCCUUUGGUUGGAGACAAUUUUGUACGGUUUUUAAAAGGUGGAGCACUGGGUGUUGUUCGCUGCCUAGUUACUAGACAGAAGAGGAAACAACAUUUAAUUGUUGAAAGAGGAGGUGGGGAUGGUGUAGCAUAAAGCUUUUAUGUUUACAAGUAAUGAUUUAUAAGUAAUUCAUAUGGACAGCUUGCCAUCAGCAUUUUUAUAGUGAUCUGCAGUCCCAAUUUGUUGGGGUUAUAUUACUUGACAAGGAGGUAUACAACUGUACUCAUUUUUGAAAUGUUGUAAGAACUUGUUUUCUUUAUUUAAAAGUACCUUACACCACCAGGUAAUUUUCAGAUGAAUAGAAACCACUUGUCAGUUUGUCUGGCCAGCUUGAGGCCUUCAUUUUAACUGAAGCACUGUAAUGUCAUUUCAACAAGACUUGGUUUCGAUUAAUUUUUUUUUUCUGUUGCUUAUGUUUAAUUUUCAAAAUGUUACUGCUUUGAAGCUAUAAAAUUAGAUGAUUAACCCAGGAAGUUGACUUUAUAUAAUUUCAAGUCUCAAGGAGAAUGUUAUAUGGGAAAAACACUUCCUAAAAAAGGUUUUAUUUAUUUUGUCACAUCAUCAUUUUGUAAAUCAGUUUGUCACUUAAGAUUAAGAUGGUCUUUAAACAAAUAAUGUUUAAUUCUUACGACGACUUAAUCUUAGAUUCUAAUAAUAAUCUGACAGUUGAUUAAUGUUGGAAUAUUUGAAAAUUUGGCCAUUUCAAAACAAAUCAAAGUAUUUUGUGGAGGUUUGUUCUCUACCAGACUUCUAUAAAGCUUUCCAGUAAUACUUUGAUCGAAGUACAACAAUAAAUUGCUUAUAAAAGUGCUCUUAUUACCGUGUGAAUAGUUAAUAAUUUUAAUAGCUCACAUUUAUAUAAUAUACUUUUUUAAGCAAAGUUUACAAAGUGCUACAAAUCCAUUAUUUAUUUCAUUUGAACCGUACAAUACUGUGAAAUAGGUAAUAGUACAUAAAAUAUUACACGUUGAGUACACAAACUUUGAAGUUGUAACGUGGUCACAUAGUGUCAAUAGUUUAUAGCCCUUCAGCUUUGGUUUCCCUGACUUGUAGUCCAGUGUACACCCCACUACACAGUGCUGUCUUUCAGUAACUGAGUUGUGCUGAGAGAGGGAACUUGGGACAAAAAUGCUUUCUACAAGCCUGUGUAAUAAAGCUGUUUUUAA